AUGUACGUAGCGUCCUACGCAAAACAAUGGAACGAUGGCCAUAAAAAAUCACAACAAAAUAAAAAACUAACGUCGGUACACCGAUUAAAGAGUGUAACUUUGACAAUGCCCAAAGAAACUCCUUUGGUACUGCUGAUAUGCGGAGCCGACAUACCAGUUACUCCUCCUGCCCCACCAAUGGUGUACUGUGGGGAGCUGCCUGAUCAGAUUCAUGACUGUCUGAAGACGCCUGCCUUAGUAGACAACGAAAUUACUAGUAAAUGUGUGGGAAAAAGUAAUCGAUGUGACACGUACACUUGCGUGUUUCGGGAAGCUGGGUGGCUGGUAGACGGGACGGUGGACAAGAAGAAGUUGGUCCAGCACUUCGACCAGUACGGUGUGGACCACCCGGCCUGGGCGGAGGUCGCGCGUCAGUUCAAGGCCACCUGUUUGGAGCGUGAUCUGCCCGCGCAAGGGCUUUAUCUCAAUUGUCCCGCAUACGACAUAAUGUGGUGUGUUUUAACUGCAUCUAUUAGGAGCGCACAACCCUCCCAGUGGGCCGCGACUGAAGCCUGCACGUACCCGCGCCAGUACGCGGCCGCCUGCCCAUUCUGCCCCAGCGAGUGCUUCGCGUCUGCAAUACCGAGUGGAUCCUGUAAUGCUUGUAUUUCUCUACCAAGAACAACAUAAUUUGUAUACUUGAAAUAACAAUAAAUUAUUAUUACAAAUAAAAGCUUGUUUUUCAAAAUCUGUUCAAUCGUUUAAAAUGCUGAGCGGUAAGUGUAAGUUUUACGCUAACGCGUUCACUAGUGAGCGCGUUAAGAAUUUGUAUGGAGAUUUGUAGUUCUUGAUAGUUACCGCUAGGGGCACUGUACCGGAUUCCAUACUAAAAUCUUAACGCGCUCACGAUCGACAGUGAACGUAAACUUCAUAAAAACUUACACUAAGCGCUCUGUAAGUACGGUUUGAAACGUGCUUAACUUUAAAUUUUUAAUUCAGAAAGCG